AUGACGCACAGCACAACACAAGACGCUGCGAGGUCACACGUCCUGGCUUGGUCGACACAAUGUGCCAACAUGCCCGCCACGGUCGAGGAUGAGACCGCCGACGUUGACGAGCCCCCGGAUGCUCAGGUGCCCAUCUCCCCCAUGAGCAGCAUGUUCAAGCGGAACCCCAUCCGCCGCGGCACUUUGGACAACAACACCUCCCUCUUGACCAGGGCGCUCCACAGCCCUUCCGAGGAUGAGGACCCCGAGGCUCGCCCCGGCAUGUCCUUCUUCGCUCGCCGUCGCUCCAUGGCUAGCAAUAUCAGCCUGGCUUCCACCGCCGACCUGACGAGUGACACUGGCCUUACCAGCCCGUCCCGCGCCAACACACCUAGCCCUCCCAUCCCUGAGAUGCGCUACCUCCAGCUCAACGACGAGCCGCGCAAGUUUGCUCUGCAGCAAGCCCCUACCAUUCGCCCUCAGGAGCCUGCCAAAGAGGCACCCAAGAAGCGAUGCAUUCAGUUUGCUUGCGGCGCGAAGCCCAAGCCUGCUGAGCCCAUCCAAGCCCAGCCCAUGGUCAAGGCACCCUCUGCCCAGGAGCCCCAACGCAGAACUUGCAUCAAGUUCGCCUGCCCUGUUCCUCAGCGCCCUGCCUCUACCCAAAACACGCCUCCCCAGCGAUUGGAGAUGGCUGCUGCGAUGCUCCAACCUCCCUCCCUCAAGGAGAGCUCUCCGGCAACGGUUCGCAAGACUCGCUCGCGCUCUCCCCGACCUGCUCUUGCACCUCGUGCGGCCGCAGACACCAAGUCUCCCACCACCAAGAGGUACAUUACCGCCAACGACAAUGACCUGCAGAAUGAGUCUUCUCAUUUCCACGAGUUCGCCAGUGACAUUCCCCGCGAAGACGACUGGAUUCGCCAGGCUUUUGCUUCCCACGGACGCCGUAUCACUAUUGACGACACCCUCCAGAAGGAGAACGCUAUCCGCAAGCUGGCGGCUGAAGCGGAAGAGGAGGCGGAGCAGGAAGAAGAAGACAUGGAGACUGCCAUGGGCGAUGACGACGACGAGGACCUUGACAACGACGUCGACGACCAAGACGAUGAGGAUGAGGAGCAGGAAGAAGAGGACGAGGACGAUGAUGAUGAGGAUGAAGACGAUAACUCCGAUGGCUACAAGACUGACGAGGAAACUGGAUUCGCCGACUCUGACGAAGAGGAGGAGGAAGACGAAGACCUUCGCUUGUGGACCCCUGGUCGCUCUACCAUCCAAAACAUCGACACCACCCCUGUUGCUCGCCGUCUUUCCAUGACUGAGCAGCUCUCCGACUCCUCAAUUGUCUCUCGCAAUAGCCUCCGCGUCCGUCGCGGCAAGACCCAGCGCAUGAAGAUCCGCCCUGGCACUCCCGAGCUUCCCGACAGCACCGACUUUGUCUGCGGUACCCUCGAUGAAGACCGUCCUAUGGAAGACGCCUACAUCUCCUGCUUGGCUGCUCGUCGCCGCGAGAAGCUUCAGCUCAUUCCUCAGGACAUCGAUCCCAGCUUUCCGGCUUCGGAUCCCGAGGAUGAGGGUGACGAGGAAAUCUACAAUCCCGUCCAUCACAGCAGCGAUGAUGAGAUGUUCCUCCACGGCAAGAUGGACGACCUUCACCAUGAGCAGGACAGAAGCCGCCGUCGCAAGAAGUCGGAGCAUACGUCACCGAAGCGCUUCCGCUCCCCGCCUCCCAUGAAGCGUCGCGCCUCUCCCGCUCCCAAGGCUCGUGUUCGUUCCCCCCGUCGCCUUUUCGACGGCCCAUCUCCCCGUCGUCUGCGGUCCCCCCCUCCCCCCCAGAUGUUGAGGUCUCCUCCCGCCUCACCUCGCAACGCUCAGGGUGCCAUUGCCUUCAAGACUUUGGCUUCCCGUCCUGGCCUUACCGUUACCAAGUCUCUCCCUCGACCCCCUUCCAUGUUCCCGCACAUGGCCAAGGGACGUCGAUCCAAGGCUUCCGCACAUGCUGCCAAUGACAUUCACGUCCGUGGCGCCAUUGACAUCGUUAAGGGCUUGGAAAGAAAGCGACAACGUCGCAAGGAGAAGUUUUAUCAAAAGUACUGCAACCGCGCCCGCAAGGGACAGAUUCCCGAGCGCAAGCCGCAGCGCGGUCUCGGUUACGAACGUAUGAAAGAGCUCGGUCUGCUCAUGGCCGGCAAGAUCGACCAGGGCAACUAUGUCCUUUCCGUCUAA